AUGGGCGUCGCUGAUAUAUUCAUGGCCCUCCGCGGGGUCCUUAUCAUGACACCGUGGGCUGUGGGACUGGUCAUCCUGGAUCUGCUUCUCUCUGCCCUUCUCCCCAUCAGCUGGUUCUUCCCAGACUGGGUCUACAAUGCUUCUUCGUCCCUGGCAUUCGUGUUGUGGAACUGGAUACAGGUCAUUUUCGAGGCUAUCAAUGGCGGCAAGAUCACUAUGUCCGGCGAUACCCUGCCGGCGGGAGAAUCCGCCAUUGUCAUCGCCAACCAUGUUAGCUGGACCGAUUUUUACAUGAUUCAGUUUCUUGCUAUCCAAUCCGGCAUGCUUGGUCGCUGUCGUUGGUUUGCAAAGAUCGAGCUGCGUCUGGUCCCAUUGCUUGGUUGGGGAAUAUGGGCCAUGGGGAUGCCCAUGGUUAGUAGGCAGUGGACGAAAGAUAAGAAAGAAUUGGAUCGAGUCUUUGCCGGAAUUGUAGUCAGGAAAUGGCCUACGUGGCUCAUCAGCUUCAGCGAGGCAACGAGGUUCACGCCUAGGAAAUACGAGGAAACCAAAAUAUGGUGCAAGGAGAACGAUAAACCGGUUCCGAAACACCUAUUGUACCCGCGGACGAAGGGUUUCGUAACAACAGUCCAACAUCUGCGAAAGUCCAAGCAUGUGACGGCUGUCUAUGAUAUCUCGAUUGCAUACAGCCACCACAAUAAAUUCUUGGAAGCCCCGACGAUCUGGGAAUCUUUGAGUUGUGGCGAUUUGAGUGGAAAGAGAGGGUACAAAUUCCACGUCGACGUCAGAAGAAUUCCCAUUGUGGAUCUACCAGAAAGCGAUGCGGAAUUGGCAAAAUGGCUCGAGACUAGAUGGAUAGCGAAAGGGGAAUUUCUAGAAGAGAAAAGAGAGGAGUGGUCGAAGAGCUGA